CAGCCAAUCAGACGUUAGUCGACAAGUGAGUGAAGCGCGGGAGGAAGCGAGCGGAGUCGCCGUCUGUAAGAGACUCAGUAGCCAUGACUCAUGACUUGUCGUCACGCAUCGAGUACUCGGAGAAGUAUGUGGACGACACCCACGAGUACAGGUGCGUUGAGAUCUCCACUAAGCGCAAUAAACGCGGCAAAUUUGACUUUUUCGAAGGUAAUUGGCAAAUUUAAUCGUCGUUAUGAUUUAUUUUAUCUGGUUGCGAUUGCAGACACGUGAUCUUGCCUAAGGAAAUGCAGCGCAGCCUGCCCGAUCGCCUGCUGACUGAGACCGAGUGGCGCCAAUUGGGCGUCCAGCAGAGCCGCGGAUGGGUCCACUACGCCAUCCACAAACCGGAACCGCACAUUUUAUUAUUCCGACGCCCACUGGGCACAGACCCCACCACUGGCCGCGUGAAUCCGGAGAUGGAGAAGCAGGCCAAGGAAAAAUACGCCAAGGAGUUUAACUGAUGUGUUCGUGAACGCAUCUCUGCUGUCGGACGCUGAGAUCUAACACAGCAGUGGUGUUUCAGCCUGGAUGUACACAGGAGUUGUGAGAUUGAGCAAUACAACGUUCAACUACCUUUGGAGACGUUUUAAUUUCCACAUGACUUGUGUUGUUGCACUUGCUAGAGGUAAACUGCAUUUUUGGCUAGUGCGUAUUGCCUGGGACUUAAGCUCGUUGAAGCGCCGCUGCCUGUUACAGGCCCCGGAUCUACUGCACAGAACCUCUUUUUUUUCUUACCACCAUGAUUAUUUGAAAAAAUAUAAAUCAUGUUCUU